ACGCUAUAUAAGAGAAUGAAGAACCGGCCGGCCAAGAUAAAGCUCGCGUGUUGUCAACGUUCAUCGUGCAGUUGCUCCUCUACCUUCGUCGUUGACAGGAUGUAUUGGCUGUGUCUGACGGCACUAGCUGUGACUGCAACAGCGCAGAACCCUUACGACCUAGACGGAAGGGCGCCAUAUCCUGGGAAAUCGUCCAGCUUAGGGCCCCUCUAUGCGACCGCUGCCCAAGGUUUUCGCGAUAACAGCUACGAGGACAACAUCGUGACACCCACGCCGACACCUGCGUACAGAAACAAUGGCCAACCUUUGUACCGUAAACCGUCGGGUUCGCUCGAUCAAGGGAUCAGAGUGAAUGGACCACCACGUGGUGGUGUUCUACGAGGUGGACAAAAUCCUCAGGGCGAAGAGCUGGAGGAAAAGGAGGAACCAGAUCGUCUCACGCUUCUCUUACCGCAAAGUAAAUUCGAUUGCGUGAACAAGCAGACUGGGUACUAUGCCGACGAAGACCUGCAUUGCGAAGUUUUCCACUAUUGCCACGAAAAUGCCAAACACUCCUGGAUCUGUCCCGAAGGAUUCACGUUCCAUCAAGUUCACCUGAUUUGCAUGCCACCGAACGGUGACAUAAACUGCAAGAAGAGCUCGCAGUAUCACUUCGUGAACGAGUACCUGUACAAACCAUUGAACUUGGCAGAAGCUGAGAACAAACCCAACGUGACCUUGAGAUACAGCGAGAGAUAUUUCCCUGCUGAUAUCCACGCGGACGAACGCGAGGCUGACGACUAUAUUAGUUCUGCGCCUGCUCGUCGUCCUUCGCCACCUGUGUAUGCAAGCCCUCAACCUCAACCAGCUUUGAACAGCAUUCCACCUUCGGCUCGUCCACAACCAACAGGCCUUCCACAAUUUCGUUUACCGUUAAACCAAGUUUUUCGUAGCCCUGAAGAAGUAAACAUACCUCUUCAACACAGACGCCCGCAACCACAACAUCAACCUGUGAGAAGAUACCCUCAAGUCCGACCUGAUGAUGAAGAGUACGAGUGAAUUUGAUCUGCAGUCGAUUUGAUAAUUUUAUCAUUCAUCGUCAUUAAUCAUCGUCGCAUUUCAGUCGCUAAUUAUAUUGCUGAAAUCUCAUCACAUCUCUUACAUUGAAAUUAAAAAUAAGAGAAUCUUCAGAAACAUUUGCUGUAUUUAUUCGAAUAAAUCAUAGCUCUGUAGUUGUACAAAUUAAUCGUAGAAUAUAAAUUAUUCCAUGUUUUCAUUUCGCACUUCGAAAAAGAUAGUACUAAGCUGUAUUUUUGAGCUGGUUAAGGUUUUGAAGGAACCGAAACAAUUCAGUAAUAAUUCCCCAAAUAUCUGUCAAAAAUAUCCAUCAGUGAUAAUUAUGAUGUAAUGAGUUUAUGUGUAUUGCAAGUAUGCUAUUUAAUAUGUAACGUGUAACCGAUAUUAACAUAACAGUGAUGACCAAUAAAUUGUUAUUGCGUUAUUUUUAAUAGUGCCCGGUA